AUGUCCUCGUGUCAGAGUAUCCAAAUGUCCCUCGUCAACCUCAGACUCCUUUGCGUAGCCGCGAGCAGCAUUAGCUUGCAUCUGGCUUCGACGGCCCCUAAUCCACCAUUGCGCUCAGAAGAGCGCAUCACCAAGCCGACGCAUGUGGAGAAAAUCCUCGGGUCCUGGUUUCUGAGGACGGCACAAACUACGUUAUUCUGGGUCUUGAUGGUGGCAGAAGGCGUUGCGACAACAAACCACCUCGCCCGUCCCGAGUCCGGGCUGCUCAAUAUGGCACUGGGUGUGGUGUUCAUGGUUGGUGGGGCGUCGCUGCGCCGCUGGUGCUACCACGAGCUUGGCCAGCAAUUCACCUUUGAACUGGGGCUCCUCAAAGACCACCAACUAAUCACCACAGGCCCCUACCGAUUUGUGCGACAUCCCAGCUACGCUGCGGCGUUGUUGGUCUAUUUCGGCCUCUUUGUGGCUAGCCCCGGCUCCUGGGUGAUGGACGGAUUCUUUCGCAGCAGCAUCUCUGGCAGGCUGCUUGGGUCACUGUACAUGUGCUUCGUGCUCUUUGUCAUCACGGGUCUCGUCCUGCGAAUCCCCAAGGAGGAUGCCAGCUUGAAGGAGAAAUUCGGGGAGGAGUGGGAUCAUUGGGCCGCAAAAACAUAUGCCUUAAUUCCCGGAAUGUUUUAG